CAGACUCUUUUCUUUCAAAAGCUCUCUGUUUUGAACCUUCGGUUUUUUUCAGUUUUUGGCCUGUUUUGACCUGAAAAAAGAACUUUUUCCAAACAAAUUAUACAUGGUUAGAAUCAGCACGUUGCGGCGCAUCUAUCAAUGCAAUAAAAUCGAAAAAAAAAGCGCUCGAAUGUUGAAUUUCCGGAACCUUACAAUAUACUUAAUAACACAACUAAGGACAAAUAGAUGUUUAUCUCUAGAUAGAGAAGUUCUUAGUAAUCAGAGAUCAAGAUUUAUGUGUAUUUGCGGGUGUAUGGUUAAGAGUUUUCACUAUAGGAUAGAUUGUAGUGAACGAUAUAACACAUAGUAUAGAAAAUAGUGCUGACUGUUUCUACGCAUCCACAUACACAAAUAUUCGAUCUACAUCAGUUCCUUUUGAUGUAAGUCAUCUUAAAGUGUCGAAAAAUUAGCUCGAAUUCUAUUGAAAACCACGUCGAUGAAAUGAUCGACAUUGUAUACACGGUAGUGAGAUAUUUUGAUAUUAUAAAACAUACAAAUUUUUUUAAGAGGUAUAUUUAUUCUAUAUGGUCAAGAAGUAUUGAACAUUUACUUUUAAAGUAUAAGGAAAGAAUGAACAGAAUCUAAAGUUCUUUGUUUAAAAAUAAAAUCUGCGUAAAAAUAUAUGGAACGGGAUCUCUACGUUAAAGAUAAACAUUCGGGUGUUGUGGAGCAUUUCCUGGAAUAAUAAAAAUCAAUUUAUGCAUAUCAUACUGUUUUAGUAAAUCCAUCUAAUCUAAAAUAUCUAGCACUUCUCUUUACUUGACAAGUAUACUGUACCUGAAACAAGAAGAGUGACACAGUAUUUGCAGAUGUACAAUAUAUUUUUCGCAGUGUCAGAUUCUGAAGAAUAAAUUAUGCUACAAUGCUUUUCCAUCGUGGAUAUACCUUCACAAUUUCUUUUGCAUGUUUUGUAACAAAAGAUAUGGAGGGCAAGUUAGGUAGUUUUGCGUUUCACGGUAGAAUCAAUGGAUUUUCAACGGAAAACGUAUCAGUGAGUUAUCCGAAAUUUUUUCCACCAUUUUGUUUUCUGAAAUUGUGAUAAGGGGUUUGUGAGACUCUUGGUCCUCCGCAGGAUUUUUGAAAACUUUUUUCCUUUGAUUUUUUCGAAGAUCGGUUAGAUGUGAAGUUUAACACUAAUUAUGAAUAUCAUGUAACAAUGAAAAAGUUGAAUUUUCAUGGUGAAAAGUGGUUUUUUGCUAUUUUCGAACUAUUUUUCGGAUUUGAAAAAUGUUUCAGAAUGUGCAGCAAUGUUUACUGUUCGCAAUAUGAACUUCAAACUAAUAUCUGUGUGUAUUAGUCGAAAAAUUCAAGAUUAGACUCUAAAAUCGAAAAAGCAUAAUUUAUCUCAGUAUUUGUCCGUUGUAUUAGAAGAAAAACUUGAAACAAUACGAGAUUUACACUAUGAAUGUAAUUUUCACUGCUCCAUCGAAUGACAAAAGUUUAAAAAACAAAAGAGAUAUAUGUUUUUUGGAAUUUAGGAUUUACGUGAUUUUUAAGCAGGUUUUUGGAGCUAGUUCGUAAGUUUCGUCAUUCAUACAACUUUUAAUCUCAAAUGCAGCAGAUAAAAAGUGAAUUGAACACUAGGUGUUUCAUUUUACAGAAAUUUCCUGGAACUCUGUAUUGAGUCACGAACAUUUUUUAAUAAACUAUUGAUUAGAGUUUUGAUUGUUAAAAAAUCAGAAAUCGUAAUAAUUUGUGCUAUUUCUCUUUUAGGUGGAAAUUUCGCUGCUGUGUUAGCUCAACGUUUUGUUGACGAGGGUUAUUCACCAAAAUCACAAGUAUUAAUCUAUCCUGUUCUUCAGUUUUUUGAUUGUAUGUUACCAUCUUACAUGAAAAACAAUGCUCAAAUAUUUCGCUAUGGAAAUAUGGCCGAUAUUCUAUCCAUUUACUUAAAUAAAACAAUCACUUCCGAUAUCUUAGGCAAUAAUCAUACAACGCCUAAAGUGAAAAAGCAAUUUGAAAAAUAUGUAGAUUGGUCUCUUAUCCCAUCCAAUUUACGUGAUGGAAGAAAUCCAGUAGAACCCAAUUAUGGUAGUGAAGAAUUAUAUGAAAAAGUACAACAAGCGCUUACUAAAGACAUAUCACCGUUACUCGUUGAUGAUAAACAUUUAAAAAAGUUACCACCUACCUAUAUAGUAUCGGUUGAUCAUGAUAGACUACGAGAUGAAAGUUUUAUCUAUGCAAAGCGACUAGAGAAUGUUGGUGUCAAAGUUGUACAUCAUCAUUAUGAACAUGUAUUUCAUGGUGCAUUUAAUUUUCUCUACGGUUCAACAGGAUUAAAAGUAGCCCAUAUAAUGAUGAACAAUACUGUGAAAUAUCUUCUAGAAAAUAUUUAA